GCUGCUGCUGCCGCGGCGGGCGAACCUGCAGGAGGCGGCGGCGGCGGCUGCCGAGGCCGAGAGAAGAUGGCGGACGGUGUGGACCAUAUAGACAUUUACGCCGAUGUGGGCGAAGAGUUCAACCAGGAAGCGGAAUACGGUGGACAUGAUCAGAUAGAUUUGUAUGAUGAUGUCAUCUCUCCAUCUGCAAAUAAUGGAGAUGCCCCAGAAGACCGAGAUUACAUGGACACUCUCCCACCAACUGUUGGUGAUGAUGUGGGUAAAGGAGCAGCACCAAAUGUUGUCUAUACAUAUACUGGAAAGAGAAUUGCGUUAUAUAUUGGCAAUCUCACAUGGUGGACAACGGAUGAAGAUUUAACUGAAGCAGUUCAUUCUUUGGGAGUAAAUGAUAUUUUGGAGAUAAAAUUUUUUGAAAACCGGGCAAAUGGCCAAUCAAAGGGGUUUGCGCUUGUUGGUGUUGGAUCUGAGGCAUCAUCAAAAAAGUUAAUGGAUCUGUUGCCUAAAAGAGAACUACAUGGGCAAAAUCCUGUUGUGACUCCAUGCAAUAAACAGUUCCUGAGUCAAUUUGAAAUGCAGUCCCGGAAAACUACACAAUCAGGACAAAUGUCUGGGGAAGGUAAAGCUGGUCCUCCAGGAGGCAGUUCACGUGCAGCAUUUCCUCAAGGUGGUAGAGGACGGGGCCGUUUUCCAGGGGCUGUUCCCGGUGGGGACAGAUUUCCUGGGCCAGCAGGACCAGGAGGGCCACCCCCACCUUUUCCAGCUGGGCAGACACCACCACGUCCACCGUUAGGUCCUCCAGGCCCACCUGGUCCACCAGGUCCUCCACCUCCUGGUCAGGUUCUGCCUCCUCCACUAGCUGGGCCUCCUAAUCGAGGAGAUCGCCCUCCACCACCAGUUCUAUUUCCUGGACAGCCUUUUGGGCAGCCUCCAUUGGGUCCACUUCCUCCUGGUCCUCCACCUCCAGUUCCAGGCUACGGCCCCCCUCCUGGUCCACCACCUCCGCAACAGGGACCACCUCCACCUCCAGGCCCCUUUCCACCUCGUCCACCUGGUCCUCUUGGGCCACCUAUUACACUUGCUCCUCCUCCACAUCUUCCUGGACCACCUCCAGGAGCUCCACCACCAGCUCCACAUGUGAACCCAGCUUUCUUUCCUCCACCAACUAACAGUGGAAUGCCUACAUCAGAUAGCCGGGGGCCACCACCAACAGACCCAUAUGGCCGACCUCCACCAUAUGAUAGAGGUGACUAUGGGCCCCCUGGAAGGGAAAUGGAUACUGCACGAACACCAUUGAGUGAAGCUGAGUUUGAAGAAAUCAUGAAUAGAAAUAGGGCAAUCUCAAGCAGUGCCAUUUCAAGAGCUGUGUCUGAUGCUAGUGCUGGUGAUUAUGGGAGUGCUAUUGAGACAUUGGUAACUGCAAUUUCCUUAAUUAAACAAUCCAAAGUAUCUGCUGAUGAUCGCUGCAAAGUCCUUAUUAGCUCUUUGCAAGAUUGCCUUCAUGGAAUUGAGUCCAAGUCUUAUGGAUCAGGAUCAAGACGUGAACGAUCAAGAGAGAGGGACCAUAGUAGAUCACGAGAAAAGAGUCGACGUCAUAAAUCUCGUAGUAGAGAUCGUCAUGAUGAUUAUUAUAGAGAGAGAAGCAGAGAAAGAGAGAGACACCGAGAUCGUGACCGAGACCGUGACCGUGAGCGUGACCGAGAGCGCGAGUAUCGUCAUCGUUAAGAGAAGCUGAAGGAAGAGGAACACCUUUCAAGAUAAAACAGUCUUCAUGGGGGAAAUGACGCUUGUCCAGCAGUUUGCUUCUUGUGAUUGAACUGAGCCUGUAAGGAUUCAUGGAUAAAAAGAACAGGAAUAGAUCUGAAUAAAGCAAAUCUGCAUAAAUGGUAACCAGUAGCUCUACUUUUACUUUUUAUGUUGCUUACCUGUUUAAUUUGAAGGAAACCUGUGUGAUUUAAAAAGUUAAAGCUUUUACAACUUUAUUACUGGUUAUAUACAUUUGGCCAUUAUAAUGUGCAAGCAAUUGGAAAAGUCAAGUAAAUGCUUGUUUUUAUAGUAGUUUGUUUUGUUAAAAAAUGUUCAUAUGAUAAUGUCUGUAAACAGCACCACUUUGAUUACAAUAGAUGUAGUGUUGUAAUAAACUGUUUAAUGGGGCUGAUGUGUAAAGCUGUUCAAGUUAUUUGAUGUUUACACCUCAGGGAAAGUCUUGUGUUCAGCAAUAUCUAAAGAUAAUGUUACUAUGACAACAUUUAUACUGUCCUUUAAAAAAGCAUUGCAAUAGCGGUUUUGGAAAUGCAUCAAUCUAAUCUUGCGUUCAGUGAAUUAAACAUACUAAUUAAGUGUCUCUUGCCCUUGAUUUUGAUAUUAGGAUAGGUGAUUACAUGGAUAUUUAACAUUUCUAUAUUCUGCUUUUCUAGCUCUCUUUUUAUCUAGAUAGCUGUGACUUUGCUGACUGGUAAGGCUUAUAAAAACUGAAAUUUGACAGCAAUCCAGUCAGUGUAUUAGGGGUCAAAAAAGAUGUGGUUUUAGCAUUUCAGUAAAAACCUGUAUGUCAUUUGCUACAGUGAUGUAGCUUAAUUACAACACAAAUGUACUGAAAUAUUUAAUUGUGAACUGCCAGCAUUGAAGAAAUAUUUUGACAGUUCUGAUUUGAUGCUGCAGUUAUUUGUUGUUUUAUAUUGAUUGUGCCUAUGGUUUAAUUUUUAAGCCAUAGGCAAUGUAAAUACAUUCAUGCAGCUGAUAAAUAUGACUAAAGUGAGCCUUAGUUUAUUUUCCAUUUGCUACAGGUUUCUGAAGGGCAUGAUGUUUAUUAACAUUGGGUUGAAUUCUGUUCUAUCUGUAAAGGGACAAUAUAGAUGCACCCUGUCUCCACAGCUAAAGAAAUUCAGCGUUUACUUGUGCAACCUUUUGAUUCAUGCUAGAAGCUUUUUUGUUAAUCAAAGAUUUUUUUCCCCCCCUCUUUCAAAUUUGCCUUCCAUACAGGCCCAUAUUAAAAGCAUCUGGUAGCAUGUGUUCUUAAUUGCAAAAUUAGGCAGAUUGUCAAUUUUGCUGGAACAUUUUCAUAGGAAGGACCUUUUUCAAAUCAUCAUUUUAGAGACUGAGUUUAGAUCAAGAAGCAUUUUGCUUUUAUGAUCUGAAUCUUCUUUGAGAAGACCUCUGAGAAUUCACAUUGUUCUAAAAUUUGGUUAUUUUUUAAAAACCAAUGUGUAAUAUGUUUCUAUAUCUUUGGUAUUAUGUAACAUGCAUCUAUAGAAGCCCUUUAGAGAUUUGUGCUGAAUUUCAAUUUCAUCUUGUCCACUAGCAGACUACUUCACAAAAUACGCUGUUUUAGAUUAUCCAUAUUACUGCCAGUUUUCUUUUAAAGCAUUUUAUAAUUAGAGUGUUUGUGCAUGAAAUUUUGGUAUUUAUUAGAACUAUUUGCCUUCAGAAACAAUUUUU